CACUAAAGGUCAAGGCUGUGGAGUAGACAGAACUCCGAUGACACAAACACAGUUUAUACGACAUAGAGAUCCAAAUCGCACAAACUGUUCACCGGCAGCAAUGUUUCAAGCAGGUUAUGUACAAAAUAUUGUUUUCUCGUGUACAUGCCGCGUUAUCGAGAGUAGACAACCGGGAGAAGGAAUUGUCGACUUUACGACUGACUUUUGUAUGAAUUCUAGGGUUAGUUCCUUUUGAAGUAACGGUAUGAGAGGAGCAUUCGCUGCACUGCAUGAUGUCAAACAUUUACGAUCAAAGCUGCGUAGUUUCAUUAAACACGUAGUUUGUGUUUUUAAUUAAAGUCAUCUGUUCCCUUCACAAAUCAAGGGAGAUCAACAGAUGGUUGACCCUCGUUGACUGACAGAAACGAAAACAGAAAAUGUUUUGGCGAGAGAUUUGUGACCAGUAAUGUAAAAUUAAUUUCCUCUAGUAGAUGAAUGUUCAGUGCAAGUUUAUCACAAUUACAAAUAAAUGAAUUUGAACCGAAAAGCUCCACAAAUCUUCCUGGGAAUCUCUGUGGCUUUCAAUUAAUUGUUCCUCAAAACCUCCCUAUUUUAUUUUUAAAAUCGGGGCUUCAAACAUUUCUAAUUUCGUGUGUGGUAAGACCAGUGCUCUGGACUUCAUUUUUUUUUUUUUUACCAACUAUACCAGUCAUUUUUUGUAGCAUGUAUGCCCCCCCUGAAUGCCGAAUUUUCACACCUUAUGCUACUGGGCUAAAAUCUUACAAUGCAGAAAGCAAAGUGGUAUUCACUGAUGAGGUUGCUCCUAAAUACAACUAAGAAGCACAGGUAACUUCAUCGCACUUUGCAAGCUCAUAUCCAGUCAACUUUUAAAAAUAGGGGUUUUUUUUACUAUGCAGGAAUUGUGAUUAUGUAGCUAACCUCAUACAAAUUAACGUGCAGGUGAAAAAAUAAAAGGUUAAAACUGUGAUAUGUUAGUUCAUAUCAAGGCUAUGAUGAGCCAGAAAAUUUGUUUAAUAUAUGUAAGUGUUGUCAUAUCAUCUGUUUUAUUCAUUAGGAAACUCUGGUCAAUCAACAGCUGGUGAUGAAUGAAGCCUUAGCUGCUUAUCUGACACAAGUGAAUAAUGAGAGAAGAAUAGCAUGCUGCUUAAGCCUGAAAGGCUGGUGGUGUUUACAUGUGGCUUUAGAGGUGUGGAUCUACAUAGGUAGAUGCAAAGCAAAACAUAUUUUACACAGCUUCCAAACUUACAAAUAGGUUAAAGAUGGCCUUCCAUUAAAUUGAAGAACUGGCAAAAUGCAUGAAUAGCAUGUCUUAGUCCGACAUUGGCAAAAUUGAUUCACAAGUAUUUUAUCACAGACGUAUCUGGCUAAAUGCGUGGCACCAGAUAAUUGUACGUCAUCAGGAAUCUAAAAAUUUCCAAAAUGGAAUUCUUGCUGAAGGUCACCUACAGUUAUGCCUACUCUAUUUUCCAGUACUUUCGUGCAAUGUGGCCACUGUCACUAAUCUAUCAUGACACCCUACACCAUCCUUCCCAGCAAACAAGGAGGUCUUUGCUAAAUCUAAUCCAUAUGCUAAAGCAAGGUGAUGGGGAUGAUGGAGCAAUGUUAGAGCGGUUGAAAUUGUUACCUGAAAAGGAAAACUUGCUGGAAGUUGAUGAUGAGCAGGGUUAUGAUAUUCUGCAGAGUGCCAUCAUAGCUGACAGGAAAGUUGUUGUGUUGUGGUUACUUUCUCAUGGAUGUCAGGUAAACCACUAUAGCUGCAGUCCACCACUUCACUUGGCUUGCCACCUGGGGAAACUAGCAAUUGUUUCUGUACUGCUGUCUUGGGGAGCAGACCCUGAGACCAGGUGUGGUAUGUGCUUUCCAGAACCUCACAGAGCAGUUGACUUUCAGCCUUCAUUCCUAGGCCUUUCAAAGUAUCCAGUGUACCUGUGUUGCUCUCAUAAAGUGACACCAAUGGAGUGUGCUAUUAAGCAAGGGCAUUUGCACUGUGUCAGAGAAUUGACAGCUAGCUUCAAAACCAGAGUUCUAACAUUUAAUCCAUUGACUUACCUUCAGUUAGCUUGCAAAGAAGGAAUGGUAGAAUGCAUCAAUUUCUUUGCCUCAAGCUUCCCUGAGUGCAUUAAUCAGUAUGGUAGUGACGGUGACACGCCACUGCUAAGUGCAGUGCCAUGGGGAGAGCAAUGUGUACGUAUUCUUGUGGAACUAGGAGCUGAUGUUCGUUUGUUGUCACGUGGUAUUGGAGAAAAUGCUCUACAUCGCCUGUAUCGCAUGAACAUUGAUGGCCUCUUUUCCAUCUAUGACACCACACGCUAUCUUCUAACAACAGGCAUUGAGCAGGAUAUCAAUGCCAUGACAGAUCUUGAGGAGACUGCCUUACACAUGCUUGUUUCUCAUAUUUCAUAUGCUGGAGGGAAUUAUGUACACCCAGACCGCCAGGUGUCAAGGGCAGCUUUACAAAAAGACUAUCAGUGCCAGGUUCUGUUGGCCCUGAAAGCUGUGUUGCAGUUCAAUGCUGAUCCUUUGCUGUUGAAUGGGCCUGGUCUUCAGCCGCUAAGUCGUAUGCUGCACAUUGCCUUUAAAGUUUGCCAAACAGACAAUCCCUGUUAUUGCGUCCGGACUUCUCAGCCAGACUUGUUCAUUGUAGAGUAUCAGAAUGACUACAGUUCCCUUCAACAAGCCAUAGAUAUCUUGCUGUCUUAUGGGGCUGCUCCAAACUUCCAGUGUGAUGAAGGACACACGCCCCUAAAUCUUCUUCUGAACUGUUUUCUUUAUGACGACCCACAAAACCUUGUGGCUCAGGCACAAGCUGCUCUGCUGGCAGUCAGAUCACUUGUCAGUGGCGGAGCCAGCAUAGAGGUUGCUGAUGGAAACCAGGGUAGAGCAAGUAUUCUGACAGCCAUGAUAUGUGGCCGGUGUUUCUCUAGUGAACUUAGAGGGAAGAGAACAUUGCAGAAUGAGCUGAUCACAUUCACAGAACAACUUCUAGGCCUGCUCUUGUCACUGGGUCUUAACCCUAACCAUACUACCAAUCGCACCACCCCUUUCAUGCGUGGUGGGAGUGGAAAUGCAUUGAUUGAGUUUGUGCGCUUGGCAGAUAAAGCAGUGUGUCAGCAGGAGUUUGAAGCAGUCAAGAGCUGGGUAAGGACACUUUUACAAUGGGGAGCUAACCCAGACAUUGAGCCUUACCCCUCGGAACCUAUCAUCUGUCAUUCUCAAAGCUCAAUCUUCUUGAAGAAGCAAGGGACACAAGCUGUGGCUCAUUAUCUGUGUCAGGCAAACGACCGGCAGGUAGUAGCUGAUGACAACCCGCAAGACAUUAGUGUAGGCAUGCUGGGGAUACUGGAGUUAUUUUAUAACAGCAUGGACCAUAAACUGUUAUACCAGAGUCUAACAGCAGGACAUUCCUUUGCACGAUAUCACUCAACUCACUCUGUCUUCAGCGGCUCACAGAAUGAUCAAUUUCUCUCUGCUGUUCACAUGUUGGCAGAGUCACCUCGCUCACUGAAGCAGAUGGCGCGGGUGACGGUGUAUAAGGCUCUAAAUAGACAACUGGCUAGGCGAGUUCCAAGACUUCCUCUUCCAGGGGCUCUUAAACAGUAUUUACUGCAGUUAACAUAGUAUAUCUACUUCUCAGUUUUCUUUGAGAAGCAAGCUGUAUGCCAGACAAACAGUUGUCACAUGGGCAACACACCAGUAACUGGUUGAAAGUAAUGCUUGUUUACUUCAAUGUGUUUGUAUACUGUUCAGAGCAAGGUUACAGAACAAGCAAAAGAAAGACACUUUUGUGUUAAUUUUAUAAAGUAAACUUAAUUUUAUAAGCUAGUCCAGUAGCAGAUGAUCUAAAUCAGUGGUUCUCAAAGUAUUAUGGACUGCGGACCACUUUACCAAAGUAAAAUAAUACGGCGGACCACCAAGGCCUAAAAUCACUCUGUACCGUGAAUCUCAAAUUUAACUUGCCGCAUUUGUUUCAUUACAAUUCAAAACAAAAUGUACUUUUGUGACAGUAGUAUAGAAAUAAAUUUACAUAAAAGUACUUCGCAAAGUACACAUAAUUAAAAAUAAGGAAGUGCACUGCAUUACUAAGGGUAAUGGAUGAUGCAAUGCUUGCACUGUGACAUAAAGACUUGGUAAGCAAGUGUUUUAUGCCAACGAGCAGUUGGGAUCAAUAACAUUAAAACUUUUAAAUCAAUACUGGACUAAUUAGUGUAUCUGGCGGCCCCAUGCUCAUAGAGGAGUAACGAGGAUUAAACUAACUAGUGAACUUUCAAAUGAAAAUGUGGGAUAUGACCCCAAAAACAAAGGGGGUGAAGGUCUGAAAGAAUUUCUUGCUUCCAGGCAGUGCUGCAUGCCUUCUCUCUUUAAGGUUCAGAUUUAUAAAAUAUGUUCUCAGGAACAUGUUUACAAUGAAAAAAUCAGAUUUUCCUCAAUUUACUUCCUCUAAGACGUUACCCUUGCCUCCUGCUCCUGCCAUUUCUGCCUGUGGAAAUACUACCUAGUAAUCUAGGUUAUUGGCUUAUAGUGCAGGUGUUGUUUACAGUCAUAAAGUUCAGUCAGCAAGAAUAUACAUCCUUUUCACUCUCCAUUGUACAUAAUAAGUAAACUAUAUAACAGAUAUUAGUGUGAACACAUAAAUAGUGCAGCUCAGUUCUUCUUUCAAAUGAUUCAUUGUCCUGCAUACGAAAGGCAGUUUUUUUCAGGGCUGCAUUGAUUAUCAUGGCAAAUUGUCAGCUAUAAAUUUCAAUACAAAGUAUUGAUCAUAAUAAAAAGAAAGCAACUAUCACUAAAAUAAUCUACAAAAAGCAUGAAUCCAUUUUUUUCAUCUUUUUUGCUACUUGUACCAUACUUAGAAAAACAAAUAGCAAUUUAUUUUUAAACAAUAUUUAAAUGACUGUUUACUAAAGGCAUGUGAUUAACACAAGCCAAGGCAGGCAUAUUAUUUGUAUCACAAUAGAUACAAAGUUUCAUUUCUUUAUAUAGUAAAGUGUUUGACCUGCCACAAAUAAUGAGAUUCAAACUUUGACAAUAUGUAUGGAGUGACUGAAAAUCUGUGGUGAUAAUGGCCAUAAUGCAAGUGACAUUCAACAAUAACUAUAAUAUUAAUAUUACAUUCUAGCUAAAGCAGACAUUUGCAGUUGCAAACAAGAGCAUCACAAUGGAGACAGUUUUGUACACUGGGUGCACAACUGACAAGAAAUAAUGUGGCCACAAGGCAUAAAGAUGACCCUCACUUUAUGCUAAUGGCAUAUUUGACAUGUUUGACGGUCUUGUAAACAUUCAUUUUCUUGCAGAAGACUUUGGCAUCUGUUCUGUGUCCAGAUGAGCACCUGAUGCAACAUGAAAAAGUGAUAACUGUGUUAAGUACGAGUUUAGUCUGUUAAUGCUUUUAAAAUGCUGCCAAGAAGGUUUUAAACUAUCACUCUUUGUCCUGUGAAUAAACAUUGUAUGUUAAUAUUUUUAUCCCAUGAAAACCAUUCUGUACUAAAUAAAUAUUUGUGUUUAGGUU